AUGCUACAAUAAAUUAAGGAAAUAAAAUAGCAAAAAGUAUUAAAUCAUUUUAUUAAAGAAGACUAGGAUCUGAAACGUUAAUAAUCAAUAAAACUAUGUUAAGUUAAAAUUUAAAGUAAUUAAAAUAAACCAACAAAAAACCAUCUUCUUGAUAACAUACAGAAUCUAGAUAAUUCUGUUCAUAGUUUUAGUAAGUAACAAGUUAGUUCAUUCCUAGACCUUUUUUCAUGUGCUGAAUAAAUGGAAGAAUAACAUCAUUCUGUAUUUUUAUUUUUUCAUUUUAGUUUUAAAAGAUUUAAGCAGGAUAUUGA